CCCCUCUCCCUCUCCCUCUCGUUCUUGAAUUAGGGUUUUGAGGUCUCCAGGCAUUUGAUCUACAAAUUAGGGCUUUGUUUUCUCCCUCUAAUUUCUGCUCAUUGUCGGCUUCAGCGUUUCGAAUUGCUCUUCGAUAUUGAAGUGUAGAGUGCGCUUGAACAGCUGUGACGCUGUCAAGUCAAAUUGCUUAUCCUACUUAUGCUAUCUAGGGCUGGGUUUAUGUAUUUGAUCACAUACUAACAUUUGGGUGAGUUAAAGGAGGUUGCUGGACUUCAUAAACUGCAUUCAGAUAUUUACUUAUAUAGCAGAUACUGUUUUUGUCAUGAGUUGGGUAGAGAGAUAUGUGCGCUUUUCCUUGGUCAUGGUCUGACAUCUGCUUUUAGUUGGAUUGAAAAAAGGGUAUUCAUUUCUUGUCCUUGCAUCUCACUUGAGAGUAAUCAAGGAUUCCUUUUAAAUCGGAUGCCAUGGAAUGCAACAAAGAGGAAGCUAUCAGAGCCAAAGGUAUUGCAGAAAAAAGGAUGCUGAACAAAGACUUCAUAGGGGCACAAAAGAUUGUGCUCAAGGCCGAACGGCUGUACCCUGACCUUGAACAUGUCUCCCGGAUGUUAACUGUUUGUGAAGUGCACUGCUCUGCUGAGGUUAAGGUCAAUGGGGAGACUGAUUGGUAUGGAAUUCUUCAAGUAGCACCUACUGCAGAUGAAUUAACCAUCAAGAAGCAAUAUCGGAAGCUUGCUCUUUUACUUCAUCCUGACAAGAACAAAUUUGGUGGUGCUGAAGCUGCAUUCAAGCUAGUGGGGGAGGCUCAUAGGAUAUUGACCGAACGAUCUAAGCGAGUACUUCACGACAUGAAAAGAGGGUCUGAUUUAAGAACAGUUUCUGUAAGGCAACCCACACAGCAGGCAAAUAGAACUUCAUCCGCUAAGAAGCAACCUGGAGUUACUAAGUCUAAUGGUUUUGAGCAGAAGCAAUCUGCUGCGUCCACAAGCAGUCAAACUUUCUGGACUAUGUGUCCUUCCUGUGGUGUAAGAUAUCAGUAUUAUCAGACUAUGAUUAAUCGAGCAAUCCGUUGUCAGAGUUGCAGGAAGCCCUUUGUUGCCUAUGAAUUUAAUGCGCGUGGGAUGCCAUCUGCAGCAGCAUCAGCUCAUUGUCCAGCACAGAGAGGUAACCUCCAAACUGGCUCAAAUGAAGACGUUAAAGUAAAAUGGGAUGGUGGAACAGCAAAUGAUGUAAAGUUUGAAAAUGUGACAUCUCAUGAAAUGAACAAUAAAGAGCAAGCACGAAAAUCUUUGGCAGGAUUUAGAAGUCAGAAAAGAGGAAGAAAGAGGAAAGUGGAAUCCAGUGAGUCCAAGAGCAGCGACAGUGAUAUAGUUGUUGACGUUGAUUGUCCUUCAGGACAGAAUGCUGGGAGAACUGGCAGUCAUCCACGGCGCUCAACCAGGCAGAAGCAAAAUAUUUCUUACAGUGAAGAAAAAGGGGAUGAUGAUGAUGAUGGUGGUGAUUCUGAUGACGACUUUGUAACUCCAAAAAAUAAAAAGUCAAGAACUGGAGGUACAUCAGUAAGUGUAGCGCAGAAUGAUCCAAAAUUUUGGGGAGGAGAAGCCAAUGGUGUCAACAAACAAUCUAGUGGAGAGGCUGCGCAUUCCAUAGAUGGGGGCUUGAAUGCUGGUGCCUGUUCAAAGACUGAUGCUAGUGUUGAUUUUAGCUCAGAGAUUUCACCAGAUCCAGACUCAUUUUCCUACCCUGAUCCAGAAUUUUAUGACUUUGAAAAGGAAAGGGAUGAAAGUAAAUUUGAUGUAGAUCAGAUCUGGGCUAUCUAUGAUACUCUAGAUGCUAUGCCGCGUUAUUAUGCAUUGAUUAGGCAUGUCGCAGGCCCAAAAUUCAGUCUGAAGUUCGAUUGGUUAGAGUAUGAUCCUACAGGUAAAGCUGAGACUCGGUGUGAAGGGGGUUUGCCUAUUGGGUGUGGUAGCUUCAAACUGGGGAAGUCUGAGCAAACAAAGGAACGCCUCAUGUUCUCUCAUCUUAUGCCUUGGACAAAAGGUGCAAAUAAGAAUGCAUAUGACAUAUUUCCUAGAAAAAGUGAAGUUUGGGCAGUGUUCAAGAAUUGGGAUAUAGAAUGGAGCUCUUGUGUAGACAGUGAUAGGCGUUAUGAAUAUGAAAUCGUAGAAGUAGUAUCAGAUUUCACAGAGGGUGAUGUGAUCAGAGCCAUUCGUUUAGUUUGGAUACAAGGAUUUGUAAGCUUGUUUGUGCAAUAUACAGACAAUGCAUCAUCGACCCUUCUCAAGAUACAGAUGAAAGAUAUACUUCGGUUUUCACAUAAGAUUCCCUCGUAUAGAUUGAAAGGAAAUGAAAGAGGAGAUAUUCCUAAAGGUUCCUUGGAACUUGACACUGCCUCUUUACCUCAUAACUUUAUGCAGAUGCUUCCUUCCGUUACUCUUGAGAAUUUGAAGUCGAGAGCUCCAGAUUUGAAUGACGUAUGCAAUGGGUUGCACUCUAAGUUAACUAAUACAACCAACCGCAAUAGCUCUGAAUUGAACAGGGUUUCUGUUGAGGAGUUGCAAAAAACCCAUACAGACCCUGAGCCAUUAUCAACAAGCCCUAACUGGUAUGAGUAUCCUGAUUCAGAAUUCCAUAACUUUGACGAAGAGAGGUCGAUUGAUAAGAUUGAAGAAGGUCAGAUUUGGGCAUUUUAUAGUGAUAUUGACAAGAACCCUAAGUACUAUGGUCGGAUAACCAAGUUAGAAACAAAGAAUUUUAAGGCGCACAUUGCAUGGCUUGAGGGAUGUUGUGAUCAAGUACAGGAGAGGCUUUGGUAUAAAGAACAACUAACCGUUGGCUGUGGGACCUUUAAGCUUGUACGAGACGAAGAUAUAAUGGAUUCAACAGAUGCAUUUUCUCACAUGGUGCAGGCAAAACCAACCAAUAGAAAGAAUUACUACAUCGUCUAUCCUAACCUCGGUGAAAUUUGGGCUGUAUAUAAGAACUGGAGCCUUAGGUGGUCGAUUUCUGACAUGGAGAAUUGUGAAUUUGAUUUGGUAGAAAUCCUUGGUGUCAGUAGCGCUGGGUUCAAAGUUAUGGUAUUAUCGAAAGUAAAUGGCUACAGAGCUGUUUUUAUGGGUUCUCCGGUGAUAAUGGAAAUACCAAUGGCUGAUCGUUUGAAGUUUUCUCAUAGAAUUCCUGAUUUCAGGCUUACAGAAGAGAGAGGAGGAAAGCUACGAGGAUACUGGGAGCUUGAUCCUGCUUCUGUACCUGAUAUCCUACUGUUUGCAGAUUCCAGCUGAAGGCAAACAAGUCAUGUACACGGCCUCUUUGCUUAUCAGAUUGGAUAUCAAGAUUCUAAGUUCAGAGGGGUGAGAGUAGGCUUUUGUUAUUCACGUGUUGUUGUGGUUAAAGUGGUCUUAUGUAGAAUGUAUGUAUACUGUGACCUCUUUCUGGAAGUGGUGCCUGAUGCUGCUUUUUUGGGGUGGGUGAGUUUCUGGUUGCGGGUGGGCAUGUGAACAAGGUUACUUGCUUCGUCAGAUUUAGUAUUUACAGUUACUGGUUUAGGUUUCAUA